GCUGGUUCUCAAAGGAGCCAAGCAGAGGUCACCAGCAAGUGUAAGGUGCGGAGUCGUGAAACUGCUGGGCCCCUGAGCUUGCAGCGACGCUCCCCAGGCUUCCUCAUGUGUACACUGGGGAUCGUGAUACCCAUUUUCAGAAGUUUUUAUUUGGACGUUAGAAAUGGAGUCUAUAUAUCUUCAAAAGCACCUUGGGACGUGCCUAACUCAAGGUCUUGCAGAAGUGGCAAGAGUUCGCCCAGUGGAUCCAAUAGAAUAUUUAGCAUUGUGGAUUUACAAGUAUAAGGAAAACAUGAUCAUGGAACAAUUGAGAGAAAAGGAAAUGGCCGAGUUGGAGCGUGAACGAGCAUUAGCUCUGAUGGAGCGGGAAAUGAUGGAGAGGCUCAAAGCAGAGGAGCUCUUGUUUCAGCAGCAACAGCUGGCAUUCCAGAUGGAGUUGGAAAUGCAAGAAAAAGAGAGACAGAGAAUAGAAGAACUACAGAGAGCUCAAGAACAGUUAGAGAAGCAGAUGAGAAUGAAUGUGGAAAAUAUGGCUAAGAGUGAAGAUAUUUUACAUUCAGAGGAAGCAACACAAGAUGCAGGCAAAACCCUGGCUGAAAUCAGCGAUCGAUACGGAGCGCCUAACUUGAGCAGAGUAGAAGAGCUUGAUGAGCCAAUGUUAUCUGACGUUGCAUUAAACAUUGAUCAAGAUUUGUAGGAACAACCAGCCUAAGAGCAAUAAAUUUUUAUGCUUGUUUCAAAUUUCAAA